AUGGAGGAGGAGAGGACGAGGAGGGAGGACAGUGUGCGCCUCAUGCAGGAGGCUCUGCGCACAUUUCACCAGCAGAACCCGAGUGUGGACCACCAGAGGAUUCUGGAUCUGACGUUGGUGGAACUGGCCAAGGAACUGAAGGACGGCGCUCUGUCCCCGGAGACGGCUCUCUAUGUCUAUGUGGAGAAGGCUCUUGAAGUACAUAAUGAUCUGAACUGUGUGACUGUCUUCAUGUCUGACUGUGAAACUCAGAUCAAGAAACUGCAAGAGAACGAGGAGAGGGGCCCUCUGUACGGGGUCCCCAUGUCGAUAAAGGAGCACGUCAGCUACCAGGGUCACCCCUCCACAUGUGGCCUGGCUCAGUAUCUGGAUGUUCUGGAGGAGGAGGACAGCGUCAUCGUCAAAGUCUUGAAGAAACAAGGAGCCAUUGUGUUCGCCAAGACCAACGUGGCGCAGAGCCUGAUCUGCAUUGAGACCAGUAACCCCACCUAUGGGAUGACCCUGAACCCCCACAACAAGGCCAAGGCCUGUGCGGGCUCCACAGGAGGGGAAGGGGCCCUGAUUGGAGGAGGAGGCUCCAUUCUAGGAAUUGGAACAGAUAUUGGUGGCAGUAUCCGAUUGCCUUCCAGCUUCUGUGGAAUUGCUGGGUUCAAGCCGUCACCAACCAGACUGAGGUGUUGGGGUCACAUUUCCUGGGUUUCCCACAUUUCAGUGUCUACAUGCAUCGGUCCGAUGGCACAAGAUGUGGACGGUCUGGUUCUGGCUAUGAGAGCUCUGCUGUGUGAUGAGAUGUUCCGCCUGGACCCCAAUGUUCCCCCCAUCUACUUCAAUGAGGAGAUCUAUAAAUCCACAAAGCGCCUGACCAUUGGAUUCUAUGACACCGAUGGAUAUUUCCUCCCUCAUCCGAGUGCGAGGCGAGCAAUCCAAGAAACCAAAGCCCUCCUGGAAGAGGCGGGACACAAGGUGGGGCCCCGAGAACGGCUCCUAGGGGGGGGAGGGGGUGGGGGGGGAGUGGGGGGUGGAGGAGGGGGGGGGGGGGGGGGGGGGGGGGGGGUGAGGGGGGGGGGGGGGGACAGGGGUGGGGGGGGGGGGGGGGGGGGGGGGGGGGGGGGGAGGGGGGGGGGGGGGGGGGGGGGGGGGGGGGGGGGGGGGGGGGGGGGGGGGGGGGGGGGGGGGGGGGGGGGGGGGGGGAGGGGGGGGGGGGGGGGGGGGGGGGGGGGGGGGGGGGGGGGGGGGGGGGGGGGGGGGGGGGGGGGGGGGGGGGGGGGGGGGGGGGGGGGGGGGGGGGGGGGGGGGGGGGGGGGGGGGGGGUGGGGGGGGGGGGGGGGGGGGGGGGGGGGGGGGGGGGGGGGGGGGGGGAGGGGGGGGGGGGGGGGGGGGGGGGGGGGGGGGGGGGGGGGGGGGGGGUGGGGGGGGGGGGGGGGGGGGGGGGGGGGGGGGGGGGGGGGGGGGGGGGGGGGGGGGGGGGGGGGGGGGGGGGGGGGGGGGGGGGGGGGGGGGGGGGGGGGGGGGGGGGGGGGGGGGGGGGGGGGGGGGGGGGGGGGGGGGGGGGUGUGGGGGGGGGGGGGGGGGGGGGGGGGGGGGGGGGGGGGGUUGGGGGGGGGGGGGGGGGGGGGGGGGGGGGGGGGGGGGGGGGGGGGGGGGGGGGGGGGGGGGGGGGGGGGGGGGGGGGGGGGGGGGGGGGGGGGGGGGGGGGGGGGAGGGGGGGGGGGGGGGGGGGGGGGGGGGGGGGGGGGGGGGGGGGGGGGGGGGGGGGGGGGGGGGGGGGGGGGGGGGGGGGGGGGGGGGGGGGGGGGGGGGGGGGGGGGGGGGGGGGGGGGGGGGGGGGGGGGGGGGGGGGGGGGGGGGGGGGGGGGGGGGGGGGGGGGGGGGGGGGGGGGGGGGGGGGGGGGGGGGGGGGGGGGGGGGGGGGGGGGGGGGGGGGGGGGGGGGGGGGGGGGGGGGGGGGGGGGGGGGGGGGGGGGGGGGGGGGGGGGGGGGGGGGGGGGGGGGGGGGGGGGGGGGGGGGGGGGGGGGGGGGGGGGGGGGAGGGGGGGGAGCUCUGCAUUCGCGGAUUCUUCGCUGACGGGGGCAAGACUCUGGCAGAGAAAUUGUGAGUUGAUGGGUGUGUCAGUGUUAUAUACUGUAUAUAGGGGUGUCAGUGUAUAUAGUUAUAGGGGGGUGUCAGUGUAUAUAGGGGUGUCAGUGUGUAUAUAG